AUGCCAGACGCAAAGAAGACGGUCGCGCUCGUCAAUGGCACCGGCCGACAAGCGGCCUCGGUGAUCCGAGCAGUCACCUCUCUAGGAUGGAAGGUCAAGGCUCAGGUUCACUCCAUGGAGGGUUUGGUGGCUGAGGAAUUAGAAGAGCUAGAGGGCGUCACUUUACUGGAAGGAAGCCUGCUCGACAACCCCGUAUUGAUCGAUGCUUUGUUCGAAGGCGCCCAAGUGGCAUUCAUAAACACUUUCCCGAACGCCGGUGAUGAGGUGAAGAUAGGCAAAGCCUUGGCCAACGCAGCAAAGAAACGAGGAAUUCAACACUACAUCUACAGUUCGAUGCCCGACCAUUCAACCCAUAACCCUCACUGGCCAGCUCUUCCCAUGUGGGCGUCCAAAUUUACGGUAGAGAACUAUAUUCGUCAACUGGGGCUGCCCGCCACUUUCGUCUAUGCCGGCAUUUACAACAACAAUUUCACCAGCUUGGCCUACCCUCUAUUUUGUAUGGACUUCAAAGACGACGAUACCCUCGAAUGGCGCGCUCCAUUUCACCCCGACACGAAGCUCCCAUGGCUAGAUGCCGAGCAUGAUGUUGGCCCAGCGGUGUUGCAGCUCUUCAAGGAAGGUCCGAAGAAGUGGAAUGGCCACAGAGUAGCGCUCGCUUUCGAGAAUCUGACCCCAAACCAAGUCUGCGUCGCCUUUGGACGGGCUCUUGCACGGCCUUGCCGUUAUGUCUUCGACCCCAAUAUCGAAAUCAAGGUGCCCAUCCCUGCCGGAUACCGGGAGCAGCUCGCUGGUAUUGAAGUGCUGUUUGGUCGUUUCAAUGCUCCUUACUUUCCUGGUCCCGAGUUUCAGUAUCCGUCAAAAGGACGAGGAAGUGGUGAGACGGUUACUGCCGCAAGACGAAGCUCAGAGACCAUAAGAAGCAAGCCGAAGAAGCUGACUUCUGAAGCGAGGGAGUUGUGGGGUGGCUAUCGUGGCAUUGAAGAGUAUGCGCGUGAGGUGUUCCCGCUUGAAGAGGAGGCGAAUGGAAAGGACUGGAUGACUGCGAAGAAGGUGAGCACCUGA